AUGUCGCCCUUCAACUUGGAAAAAUGCGCCCGCCCAAACGUUUUGGCUCUCGAGCCUUAUCGAUGCGCCAGAGACGACUACAAGGAUGACGGAACGAACGUCCUUCUCGACGCCAAUGAGAAUGCCUAUGGCCCGUCGCUAGAGUCAAACUUUGAAGCGGGAAAUCUGGGCAUCGACUUCCUGGGCCUGAACAGGUAUCCUGACCCUCACCAGCCCGAACUGAAGCAGCUGCUCUGCAGCCUACGCAACACCCACACCCACACAACCAAGAACCUCGGAUCCGAGAAUGUCUUCGUUGGCGUCGGCAGUGACGAGGCCAUCGACGCUUUGCUGAGAUGCUUCUGCGCCCCCGGCAAGGACCGUAUCCUUACCUGCCCGCCUACCUACGGAAUGUACUCCGUCUCGGCCCAGAUCAACGACGUGAGCAUCGUCAAGGUGCCCCUGAAGCCCGCUCCCGAGUUUGCCAUGGACACGGACGCCAUCCUCGACACUCUCAGCAAGGAGGACAACAUCAAGCUGGUCUAUCUCUGCACACCCGGCAACCCCACCGGCUCCGUGUUGUCCAAGGAUGAUAUCAGGAGGGUGAUGGAGCACCCGACGUGGAACGGUGUCGUCGUUCUUGACGAGGCAUACAUUGACUUCGCGCCCGAAGGCAGCUCCCUCGCCGAGUGGGUACUCGAGUGGCCCAACCUCGUUGUCAUGCAGACCCUUUCCAAGGCCUUUGGCAUGGCUGGCAUCCGUCUCGGCGCCGCCUUCACGUCACCGCCGAUUGCCCGCCUCCUGAACGCGAUGAAGGCGCCGUACAACAUCUCCAGCCCCACGAGCGCCCUCGCAUGCUACGCCGUCUCCGAGAAGGGUCUGGCGGUCAUGCGCGACAACCGGACCAAAAUCCUGACGCAGCGAGAUCGCAUCAUCGCUGGGCUUCCCAAGAUCCCAGGUGUCGGAAGGCUGAGGGGCGGUACAGAGAGUAACUUUUUGCUCUAUGAGAUGCUCAACGCCGAGGGUAAGCCGGACAACGUCACGGCGCUGGCGGUAUACGAGCGCUUGGCCGAGAAUAAGGGCGUCGUCGUCCGGUUCCGCGGCAAAGAGCAUGGAUGCUUGGGUUGUCUACGCAUCACGGUCGGCACAGAGGAUGAGGUCACGAGGUUCCUGUCUUCCAUCGAGAAGACGCUGGCCGAGGUUCGUGGUGCUGGACGUCAGGCGGACGAGGAGAGGAAAGAAGUGGCGGCGAACGGGGUAGUUGCUUAA